GAAAUCAAGAGUCAGACGCUUAACCAACUGAGCCACCAAGGUGCCCUGUAAAGGGAUACUUUCAAGCAGAGAAUGGUCAGUAGGGUCAGAAUGCUGAAAGGGGCCAUGUGAGCUAACAGCUGAGAUUUAUUUUGGGGAUUUAGAAAUGAGAAGAUCAUUGAGGAGCAUAGUUUAAUUGGAGCCAGAUUAUAAAUUCUAUCAAUUAGGAAUGCGUUUGGCUGCAAGUCCCUGCAACAGAUCUGGGUUUCUGAUACUCAUACAGGACAAAGACCAGAGGCAGGAGGCUGCUAGAGGGGUUCAGUAGCUUCGUGAUACCAGGGAUGCGUCUCUGCACUUCAAAGCCUUUUCCUUGCCAUCUCCACGGGCUGCAGCAGCCUCGGGCACCACGGUUCACGUUCCAGCUAUUUAGUGAAAAAAUAAGUGGUGUCGAAGGAACGAAACUAGAUGACGAAUUUCUUGACAUGGAGAGGAAAAUAGAUAUUACCAAUAAAGCUGUUGCAGAAAUUCUCUCGAAAGCCACAGAAUAUCUUCAGCCAAAUCCAGCAUACAGAGCUAAGCUAGGAAUGCUGAACACUGUGUCGAAGAUUCGAGGACAGGUGAAAACCACCGGCUACCCGCAGACGGAAGGCUUGCUGGGCGACUGUAUGCUGAAGUACGGGAAGGAGCUGGGCGAGGGCUCCACGUUCGGCAAUGCAUUGAUAGAAGUUGGGGAAUCCAUGAAGCUAAUGGCUGAGGUGAAAGACUCUCUGGAUAUUAACGUAAAGCAAACUUUUAUUGAUCCACUCCAGUUACUCCAAGACAAAGAUCUAAAAGAGAUUGGGAAGCUGUUCCCCGUCUCCCCUAUUCGAGGACAGGUGAAAACCACCGGCUACCCGCAGACGGAAGGCUUGCUGGGCGACUGUAUGCUGAAGUACGGGAAGGAGCUGGGCGAGGGCUCCACGUUCGGCAAUGCAUUGAUAGAAGUUGGGGAAUCCAUGAAGCUAAUGGCUGAGGUGAAAGACUCUCUGGAUAUUAACGUAAAGCAAACUUUUAUUGAUCCACUCCAGUUACUCCAAGACAAAGAUCUAAAAGAGAUUGGGGCCGUGACAAACGUCGCCCUUCCCGUCCCGUGCCCGUCAGCGGUGGAUUUAAGCUCUGGAGCUGAGUGUCGUGUGUCAGACGUGCUGCCUGCCCCACCUGUGGGGCUCACCCCGGUGCUCGGCCUGCUGGUUCUUGCGGAAAUGGUGAUACUGGUGCUGGAGAGGUUGGUGGUGAUGACGCUGAUGACGGUGACGUUUGCUGAUGAGGACACUCACAAGAUGCUGUGUAAGUUCCAGAAGGCUGCCUUCGUUCUGUUCUUGGGGCAACAGCAGUCAGACCCAGAAGAGCCCUGUCCUGACCUUUUCCGUGUCGGCCCCGCCUCUGUCCGGGUGAUUGGAGCGCUUCCCCCUGGCCCGGCCUCUGCCGGAGCCCAGGUGCACGCCUGCUCCUCGGGGGUGUGGUGGCAGACAGCGGGGCGCCGGGUCUUCCUCCAGACACGGGUGGGAGAUGCUGGUACCAUUGUGACCUUCCCUGAGUCAGCAGGUGGAUUUGCCAGAUUGAGCGGUGUGGCCAGUGGAAGAAACGCUUCACCUUCUGGACAGGUAGAGCAAGUCAGCCAGUUGGCCGUGUUUAUAGAGGCUGCUUUAGACUACCACAGACAGUCCACGGACAUCCUGCAGGAGCUACAGAGCAAGCUGCAGAUGCGCUGCCAGCAUGGCAAAGUGAGUGAAACACAGCGGGAUUUCCUUGUUCGGAUGCGGGUCACAGCGGGGCACCGGUGGGAUGCUGUGGGCGUCUCAAGUGCAUGCCGGACCCGUGUUUCAACCGAUGGACCAGAGCUGAGGAAGACGCAGGGCUUCCCUGCAAAGCCGGGUCUGGUUGCUGGGCCCCCCCACCCCCGAAUAUUACAUAGGCCUUGGGAUAAUUUUCCACUUUCGCUGCAGGUAGAGCAAGUCAGCCAGUUGGCCGUGUUUAUAGAGGCUGCUUUAGACUACCACAGACAGUCCACGGACAUCCUGCAGGAGCUACAGAGCAAGCUGCAGAUGCGAAUAUCAGCUGCAUCCAGUGUCCCCAGACGGGAGUAUAAGCCACGGCCCAUCAAAAGGAGUCCUAGUGAGCUCAACGGGGUGUCCAGCACCUCGUCAGCAAAGACAACAGGUUCUAAUGUUCCCAUGGACCAGCCCUGCUGUCGUGGUCUCUAUGAUUUUGAGCCCGAAAACCAAGGAGAACUAGGAUUUAAAGAAGGGGACAUCAUUACAUUAACCAAUCAAAUAGAUGAAAACUGGUAUGAAGGGAUGCUACACGGGGCAUCUGGAUUCUUCCCCAUUAAUUAUGUUGAAGUGAUCGUGCCUUUACCUCAGUAAAUGUGUAACUCACACUUUGGACAUGCUUUCGUAACUGAAAUGAAUUCACGCCAGUGCUCUCUCAGUGUGGUGGUCUGUGACAUCCUGUUCUUUGACCAACUUAAUGACUUUUGUAUGUGCGUUCUCUUUAUAACGUAUUUUGUAUCCGUUUCAUUUGUAUAAAUGAUUUUCUUGUAUUAGCUACAUGAAACUAUAGUUUUCUCUCUUUUUUUUUUUUUUUGGUUAUUGGCCUAAAAGUCAUCGGUUAAAUAAAUGUCUGUGCUUCUUGUUGCUAAAAAUAAAUUUCAGUCAUGUCCAUGAAUUGCCUGUUGAUAUCCCUCAGCUAAAAUGGAAUGCAAAUUUUGAAACUUAAAAAAUGCUAAAUAUUUUGUCUCCUGACAUUACUGAUGUCAUCUGGUCUUUCCUUAUGUUUUAGUGACCUGUGAGCCGUCCAAUAAAUAUGACACCAUGUUGGCAGAAGGCCUUGCUUAUUCUUAAUGUUGAAUGGAGUUGUAAGCGCGCUGUUCCCCUGAGCCCCAUGGCUGACCCGGGGGUCCCAGUGGAUGCAUGGGAGUUUCUUCCUGAGUCAGCAGGUCUGAGAGUGGGCGUUCACUGUCCCCCGAUUCAAACACAGCACACCCUCCUUCCAGUUCCGGGAUAGGAGACUCUUCCACGUACUGUCGAGUUGAUUUAUAAGAGAGCUGCUACCCAGCAUCGGGUGGGUUCUCACGCAGGUCCCGUAGGCGUGCUGGCGGGGGCAGGGUCAGGAGUUGGGCUGAGGGCACGGUAACAAGAUCGCCUGGGUUAGGAGAGCCAGCCCCUGGCCUCGCUCACAGGUUGAUCUGGGGGGAGUGCCACCAGCACUCAUCACAUAGGGGUCAGGUAUCCUCUCUCCUUCGCAGAGAAGGACACUCAACGGACAGCUUGCCCAGGAUUGAACAGCCUGUGGUGUGAGAGGCAGAGUUUGAACUACACCCCACGGCCUACUGAGGUGUGCCCACCGGGAUACACCUUGCUUUUCACUGACAAAUGCCUAGC